AUGGAUGCUUUUUUGAAGAGGUAUGAAAGAUCUGCUCCAAAUCAGAACUGGGACAAAGGAAACAGUUUGUCUUGUCCCUCUUUUCACAGGAAAAGGUCUACAGGUAUAUGCAGGCGUGAUGUCAUAAGAUGCGUGGACUAUGACAAGUUAAAAGUGGAAGCUUAUCCUUCAACUCCACCAGUUUGGUUUGCAGAGACAGAAGAUUCCAGUAUAACCACAGCUGUACAGAUGCUUAGCAACACCUCAGGGAAGGACAACUUAAUACUACCACAAGUCCGAAUUCUACUUCAGGAGUUAUGCAAGCUUCAUAAUUUGCCUGAACUGCCUAAUCUUGAAGCACUAGAAGGAAACUACAUGUUUCAUUCUGAAGAUGAAUUAUUAGAUGAUUCAGAAGAUGAAGAUGAAGAAAUUGAUGAUGAUGAUGAUCACAUAGAAAUGGAAGAUGAUACAAGUUCAUCACAGGAGAAAAAAGACAAUAACCUGAGCAGCGAACAUUCAGCCACUUUAGAAAGGCUACAACAAACCCAAAGACAAGAUUACCUGCGUGGCUCAAUAUCAGGGUCUGUGCAGGCCACAGAUCGUCUCAUGAAAGAACUUCGUGAUGUUUACCGCUCAGAAAGUUUUAAGAAAGGUGUAUUUACUGUUGACUUGGUGAAUGACAGUUUGUAUGAAUGGAAUGUUAAGUUGCUUAUGGUUGAUCCAGAUAGUCCCUUACAUAAUGACUUGGCACAAUUGAAGGAGAAAGAUGGAAAAGAUUAUAUUCUUCUUAAUAUUUUGUUUAAUGAAACCUUCCCUUUUGAGCCUCCAUUUGUGAGAGUUGUCCACCCGAUCAUAUCUGGAGGUUAUGUACUUGGAGGUGGUGCCAUUUGUAUGGAAUUACUGACAAAACAGGGUUGGAGUAGUGCUUACACUGUAGAAGCUAUAAUCUUACAGAUUGCUGCCACCUUGGUUAAAGGAAAAGCUCGUGUGAAGUUCUGUGGAACCAAGUUACCAGCCCAGUACAGUCUUGCUCAUGCCCAGAAGUCCUUUAGAUCCCUUGUCCAAAUCCAUGAGAAAAAUGGUUGGUUCACACCACCAAAGGAAGAUGGUUGACAAUAAAAAAAGUGUGUAAUGAGUAUACAUGUAUGAAGUAUCUGUAGCGAUAGAGAAUCUUUACCUUUUUUAUGUCUUGUGGUCCUUUGAUCAACACUUCAAAUAAAGAAGAAAAACAGCUGAAGGUUUCAUAUUUCAGUUUGUACAAGUUUCACUUCAUUACUUAAAGAAAUGUAAAAUAAUAGAUUUAGGACUUCCUGGAUAUUGUUCACAAUAUAUGUGUGAAUAAACUUACUUCUUUGUAUAGUAAUAUCUCUUUGAAUGAAUUCCUGUGUUAGGUGUUAUAUCAAACUUCAGACACAGAUUAUUUGUAAACACAUCAGCUGAUGACUUUUGGUCAGUCUAUUUUUUGUAAAAUAUUUUGAAAAUUUCAUAGUUCAAGUGAAUACAAGCAUAUGAAGACAAUAUACGACCUUGCUUCAAAUGAGGCAGUUUGAGGUGUAAGAAAUGGAUAUUCAGUAAGCUGAUUUUGUCAUUACUCCUUACAAUAAGCAGAAGUGUGAGUUACCAAGCAACUGUAAGCAAAACAUUUCUGUAACUUUCAAUAUGGUGUUAAUGUAAAGUGCUACUUUUACAUGUCUUUAAUAUAUAUCCUGUUUUGCUACUUCUCGUGUCUUCAGAUUUUGAGUAAAAUUAUGAAUGAAGUACGUGUAUACUAGGUCUUUGAAAACAGAUCAUGUAAUCUAGUUUAUCAUUGAGCAUUUGAGGCUUACAAAACAAAUGAGACUUGUGUUCUGGGAUAGAAAAUCUGACCCAAAUUAGAAAACAAGUGACUUGUUCUUUUUUUUCUUUGUACAAAGAACUGUAAUUCUAUAUUUUUGUCUGGUGUAUUUUGUUUAUGCAAACAAUUAUCACAAAGUCCAUGAAAUAAUUCCAUGAUUUUGUAGUGUAACACAAGUUGUUGAUUUUUAUUACUUUAAUACAUCAGAAUGAUUGUUGUUGAUACAUUGAAUCUGUAAGUAUUUCUCCCUUUGGAGAAAAGGUAUAGCCAAAGCAUUGAUAUUAAAAGUGAUUCUUAUAUGCAA